AGGGCGGGGGGUACGAAAGAGGAACCCGAAGGGCGCGGGGGCCCCGGACCGAGGGUCUGCCGGGCUCCAGGAGGGCCAGACCCUGAGCUCCGGGACAUGGCGCUCCAGCGCGCCGUCCUCCUGGCCAGCCUCCUGGUGGAAGUUGCCAGUAGAUCCUCAGGAAGUGCGGGCCAGCAGCCCAAGUGUUGUGUGGACGUGGUGGACACCAACGCCACCUGCCCAGGCACUAGCCUGUGCGGCCCAGGCUGCUACGGGCACUGGGCCGAGGACGGGACCGUCAGCUGCAUCCGCUGCAGGAACGGAACUCACAACAGCUCCGAGUGCAGAGGCUGUAUGUCCCCCCGCCCCUCCCCCUGCCUGCUUCUCACCAAGAGUCCACACCUCCUCCAAGUUCUGGAGGAAAGGGUGGGAGUUCUCGUCGUUGUCCCCACACCUGGGCCACUGUCCCUCGGUGGACACCUCCCGGGAGCCCUCUCCCCGAGUCCUCUUGCCCCCAGGACAGCUGUGGGUUGGGGGCUGCUCUGCCCUCACGGCCACCUCCCUGUCUCAUUUCCGGCCCACUUGGGCUGCACCUCUGGCUCCCCAGGGGUCCUCCGCGGGGCCCCUGUGCCUGGUCCAGGACCUCACGUGGGUCUGGGCGGCCUGUGGAGCCGCCGCACUGACUGCUCUGCUGCCCGCAGUCGCUGCCCGGGGCGCACAGGGAUGCCCGGGCGGCCGAGCUUUGGGGGCCCCCAGGUGGCAGCCUCCCUCUUCCUGGGGACGUUUCUCAUCAGCUCGGGCCUCAUCCUCUCCGUGGCCGCAUUCUUCUACCUCAAGCGUGCCAGUAAGCUGCCUGAUGUCUUCUAUGGAAGAAACAAAGCCCCCGGCCUGCAGCCUGGCGAAGCUGCCGCGAUGAUUCCCCCACCUCCAUCCUCAGUGCGGAAGCCGCGCUACGUCCGGCGCGAGCGGCCCUCGGACAGGGAUGUGGGCCCCACUGCCGUCUCCUCCGUGGAGGCCCGGGUGAGCAACGUCUGAUCCCGUGGCCCAGCCACAGCCCCGCGUGCUGCUGAGGGGGGGCCCACACGAAGGCUGGGCGCUGCCCAGCGAGGCCUCAGGACAGGCCUGCACGUGGCCCUGGCUCGUCCCUCUCCGGCCACAGAUGUGGAGUGCGAGCCGCCUGCCCGCGGGCCUUGCUCACCGCACACAGCUGCUCAGCGUGACGGACCCGGGGCAUCACUCCAGCCUCCGUCCCUGAGCCGCGUGGGGUCCAGGCUCCUUGGAGAGACAACCUGCAGGACCCGGGCGCUCCUCCGCCUUGGAGCCCGUGGUGGGCAGACCCCCUGCACCCGCUCUGGGAGCAGUGAGGCCGAGGCCUUCGGGGGGUCCGGCCGCAUCCACACACAGGCAGUUUGGGGCCUGCAAACCGGCCCCUGGGCUCAGGCGCCCGCAGGGCUGUCCUGCACGGCCACAGCUGCCCGUUUCCAUGCACUGCAGGAGUGAUUCGUCUGGUCUCCUGCUGACUCUUUUCUGUGUUUAAGCAGAAAGCAUUUUGUGUAGAAGUCCAAGAGGCACGCUGCCCUCAUCCGCACCCUGCCUGGGCCCCAGGCACUGCAGGUCCUCAUCCACCUUGGGACUGACACUGGCCUGAAGCUGCUGGAGGUCAAGGCCCCCCAGGGACGUGUCAACCCGGGGCCACGUUUACCUGUGACUGCCGCCUGGACUGGCUGUCUCGCUGGACCUGCUGGGGGCCGCCCUGGCCGGCCGGCCCGUCCCGCCGCCCCCGCCCCAAGACAGCAGCCCGUGUUCCCUGCCUCGGCCCGAUGCGGAGGGACGGCUCUGGGUUCCUGUGGAAAUGGGGGAGCGUCGGGGUGCCCACUGAGCAUGGGCAGGGUGCUGCCUGACCUCCCCAGAGCCUCCACGGGGACUGACGUUUUCUCCUCCGGUGUCUGGUCCACGUCUGCGGGGCCCACGGCAGGGCCUGUGUGGCCAGCCUCCUGCUUUCUGCACUGGGGUUCCCACUGGGGUGUUUGUGGUUUAUGGACACGAGCUCGGUCGCCAGGACGUGAACGAUGACUGACCGGCAGCCGAGAGGGGCGGCCGCUGAGAUCAGCGUCAAUAAACCACUCAGGCCCUUCUCGCUGGCCCGAGGUUCACCUGCUCCUCAGCACGGGGGGAGCCUUGCUGCCGAGCCCUGCCUUGCACUGGGGAGGGCGGGGAGCCCUCAGCCCUCAGGACCUUAGCCUUGGGAGAACGGGGCUUGUCCCAAGCUGCCUCAUGAGAGCAGGACUCCCUGGUGGCCCCCAGCCGUCAGGACUGAGAUGGGAAAGAGUGUGGGUGCCCCCUAGGGGGGCUUUUCUGUAAAGUGACUGGGCCCAUGGGGGAUGUGAAGUCACGAGUGACUGCAGGCCCCCGUGCAGCCAGGGCACCCAUGGGGCCUCUCGGGGAGGUCACCGUGGUGCCCGGCUCACAGCCCCCAGGAGGAAGCUACACGUGGGUACAG